AUGCUCGCGGCGCAGGGCGCGGUGAAGAACAGAAGGCGAUUGCUCAGCCAAGCAGCGCGUGUGGGCGAGGGCAGCAAGAAGAUCGUCUGGGAGGUUGUCGCGGGCAAGGGUGGAGUGAGCGAUGCAGUGCAGCGACGUGGUGGUGAGGCAGUGGUGUUCUCUAAGAGCACAGGCUGGAACUUUGACCGGCCAAAGGAUCGGCGCAAGUUUCUCCGAAAGCUUGACGAGGUGCAGCCUGAUGAAGUUCUUCUUUCACCCGCGUCAGCCUUAUGGAGCCCCAUGCAUGAGCUGAGUCUAGCUGGCAAUCCUGAGCGACUUCGGAGCUCAAGGAAGGAACACCAUGAUAACAUCCUGACCUUUGUGGCGGUGGUGUUCGAGGUCCAGCGUCGAGCUGGACGACAUGCUCAUUUGGAGCAUCCUUGGGAUAGCCGUGCAUGGAUGACAAGGGCUUUUGCUAAGCUGACGGGCUGGGCUGCGCUAGUGGAUCAGUGUGAAUAUGGACUUCGGGUGUCUGAUGGCAAGGGCAAGCUGGCUCUUGUGCAGAAGCCAACAUGGUUCUUGUCGACACGAAAGCCCUUUGCCGCCAAGCUUGAGAGAAAGUGUGGGGGUACCCAUGUUCAUGCAUCGACCGAGGGCGAUGUGGAUGGCAUGACCGAGCACUACCCCACCAAGCUGGCAAACAAGCUGGCCGACCUUCUGUUGGAGAAAAGCGAUGAUGAAAGCGUGCUAGCUGCUGAUGAUGCAAUACCAUCUCCUGCACAACGUGAUGCACUACCAUCUCCUGCACAACGUGAUGCACUACCAUCUCCAGGAGAACCAGAUGCACCACCAGAGGGCGAUGAUUACGUGAGCAGGAAGAAUCGGGAACUUCGGAAAAAGGUUGGAGCCCAGGCCAUGAACUAUGUGACCCGAUUGCACAAGAACCUUGGCCAUCCUGGACCCGAAGUGUUAGUUCGUAUGCUGGAGGAGGUUCAGGCGACCGAGGGGACAAUCAGAGCAGCUCGGGAGUAUGUGUGCCCUGUGUGUUACAGUCGACGCAAGCCCGCUGGAGUACCUCCCGCCGCUGGUCUCAUGGCAAAGAACUUCGGUGACCGCGUGUGUGCGGACAGUGCCUGGAUCGAGGUGAAAGGGGGACGGAGAUGCGUCCUCACGAUCAUGGACCAGGCCACUCGCUAUGUUGCUGUUCGCUUGCUUGAAAGUGAGAAGAGCACCGACUUGAUUAAAGGAGUGGAGCGUGCGUGGAUUAAGCAGUUCGGGGUUCCCAGGUUUCUUCGAAUUGAUGAGGCCAAAGGCUGGGCAGCAGGAGCUUUGAGAGAUUGGGCCGUGCAACACAAUGUUACCUUGGAGCUUGCGCCAGCAGAGUGCCACAAUUGGCUUGGAUCAGUUGAGAGAAAACAUCAGGUGGUUCGCCGGGCCCUCGAGAUUUACAUGGAUGUGAAAGGCGAGCGCAACCUAAGCAAUCUCAAAGAAGCAUUGGUUUACACACCGGGCCAAAUCAAUCAGCUCAGCUUCAAGCGCGGCUUCACCCCGGAGCAGUGGGUGACGGGCCGCACUCCAAUGUCCUCGACCUCGUUGUCUGCUGAUUUGUGGAAUCCUGGGGCGGAUCCAAUCGACGAGCCCACCACCUUUGCGGAGACCCAGCGUCGUCGACUUGAUGCUCAGCGUGCCUUUCUGCAAGCUGACUGUGAUGCACGAUUGCGCCGAGCCAUGAACAAGCUCUACCGUGAAAGCCAUGAUGAUGUGGCGGUGGGGCAAAAGGUGUGGUUUUGGCGUGUUCAGGGCACUGGCAUCCUACAGAAGCAGAAAUGGCGCGGGCCCGCCCGCGUUGUGGCACUUGAGCACAACGAUGAGGGCAAGACCAUAGUGGUGUGGGUGGCUCACGGCACCAACUUGCUGCGCUGUGGCCCUCACCAAGUUCGCCCUCUUGUCGCUGACACUGGCUGUGCUCCUAUAGCUGAUCCUGCUGCUGCUCUAUCGGAUUUGCAAGAUUUACGAGCACGCAGCACCUCGCAGUUUCGCGAUGUCAUUGAAGCCGAGCCCGUGAUGGAAGACAUUGUCGAUGAGGGACCGCCCGAUUGGCAAAAUCCCGACUACGAGCCCUCUCUUCCAGAUGCUGAUGCUCCCAUGCGUGAUCGCGAUAGUGAUGCUGAUGAUGAACGCCAUCUCGACCGGUACCCCUCCAUUCCUGGGGCUGCUUCGCUCCUUUUUCAGGAGAUGGAGGAGCGCACUCGCCAUGACCGCCGGCGCUUGAGUUCGUCUUCGGUGCCCGGCCCGCCCACCCAGCGACCUCGACUUGUGGCGCCGUCGUCCUCUGCUGAUGGCGCUGACCCUGUUCUUCUUUCUCCUCUUCCUCCGGGAGCUGCGACUGCCAGUCGCGAGGACCCGGCGCAAGCUGUGCCAGUUCCUGUGGACGAUGACGACGAACUUGUGGCCACGGACGUUUUCCUUGUCAGCUCUGGGGCGGAACUGCCAAAGGCAUUUCCAGUGGGCUGGAACAUUAUUGAUGGCGCGUUUGUGAUGGAUGAAGUGUGGUUCAACCGUGAAGUCAGCAUGGCAAAGAUGAGUGUGGACGAGCGUGCGAGUAUGGUGGAAGCUAAGAAGAAGGAGCUCUCCUCUUGGUUUUCCAAUGCGGUUUGGGAGUUUUCGGAGCUGGAUGGGUCAAACAGCAGCCGGGUGGUCACCGCUCGGUGGGUCCUUACGUUCAAAGACCCCGAAACACCUGGGGCUCCACCAAAAGCCAAGGCCAGACGGGUGAUUCGUGGAUUUCAAGAUCCGGACUUGUUUAACCUCGACAAGGCCAGUCCCACGGCCACUCGUCAGAGCAAGAUGCUGCUGCUGUGCAUUUGCCCAAACAUGAGCUGGACAUUGUAUUGUGGAGAUGUUAAGACAGCUUUCUUGUCAGGGGCUAAGUUCCAGAGGAGCAUCAUAGUCAAACUUCCGGCUGACUGUGGACCGCUUCUUGGACAGGGUGACCGCAAGCCCACCUACAUGAAGCUCUUGAAGUCUGCCUAUGGUUUGGCCGAUGCUCCACUCCUGUGGUUCCAAGAGGCAAGCCGCCGACUCCAUCGUGGCGGUUGGCGAGCCCACUUCCUGGAUAAGUGCCUCUUCUUCAAGUUCGACCAGAACCACAAUCUGGUCGCUGCCCUGGUGUUGCACGUCGAUGACCUGCUUUUGGGAGGAAAUCCUAAAGUGAAGGAGUUCCAGGACGCUGUGAAGUACCUCAAAGAGAACUUCGAGUUUGGAAAGUGGGCCGAGCUAACUGAGAAGGAGCCGCUGAUGUACUGUGGUGGCAAGAUAUCCUUGAAGGAUGGGGUGAUCAGCCUGUCCUACGCCGAUUACAUUGCGAAGGUCCACCCCAUCACCGUGUUGAAGGGCCGAAAGCUUGAUGAGAAGCUGACCCCUUCUGAGGUGUCCAAGGUUCGGGGCUUGAUUGGUGCUCUCCAGUGGCCGGCCGCACAAGGCAUGCCAGCCCUCGCCGCCUCCGUGAGCAUCCUAGCUUCUCAGGUUACCAGUGGAGAUGGGCACUUGAUGAAUGAGCUCAACAAGACCUUGAGGUUUGCUAGGAGUAUCGCCGGCCAUCCCAUCAAGAUGCAGAAGGUUGCAGACAACUUGCGUGAGAUGUGUUUUGUGAGCUACUCUGAUGCAGCUCUGGCUGUGAGGCAUGACCAUGCUUCUCAGGGAGGCUACAUCAUUGUGGUGUGCAGCCCCAGCGUGGCCAAGGGCGACCUGUGCAGCUACAACCUUGUGUCUUGGAAGUCAAGCAAGCUGGUUCGUGUCUGUCGCUCGAGCCUAGCUGCGGAAAGCCAGGCUUGCUCUGGAGCACUCGACGAGACCAUGCUCCUCAAGACGAUGCUGGCGAUGAUGCUUGAUCCCGGCCUCGAUCCUCGCGAUCCCUCGGUGCCUCGUGGCAUUGCUGCGUCGCUUCUUGUUAUCGAUGCCAAGGCCCUCUAUGACGCUAUCGGGAGACCCGGCUUCACGUCAAGCCAGGACAAGAGAGCUGCCAUUGAGAUUGCGUGCAUCCAGCAAGAGAUCAAGGAUCAAGGGACCACUGUGUUCUGGGUGAGUUCCGAGAGGAUGCUUGCCGAUGGCAUGACAAAGAUUGCUGCUCGCCAGGCUCUUGCCGAUGCUCUUCGCUCCGGAAAGAUCCGACUUGUCUACGACGACAACUUCGUGGCGGCGAAGAAGAAGGACCCUGCUGAGAGACAACGUGCUGCAGCCAAGGCGUUUGGUGACAGGCGCUAUGGCUCUCGGAUUGCACAGCACAUUGCGAGGGUGCUGGCGGUGAACAUAGUGACGGACGCUGUGGAGGGCCAUGUUGUCGAGAAGGAGGUGCACACAAGUUUUCACGGUGUCUUUGUGUUUGACACGGCGAUCAUGACAGCGUUCUUCCUGGUUGACAACGCCAACGACCUCCUCGACUACAACGACCUCCUCGACUACCACAACUUCCUCGACUACGCCUUCGUCAACGGUGACCGCCUGAGACGUGAGUGCAACUACUUGAUGGAGCUGCGCCGUGAGACGCUUGUUGAGCACGCGGUCUACGAGAGGGAGCUCGAGGAAACAAGGACCGCGAUGAGGGAGAUGCAGGCGAGAGCUGCUGUACCUGCUCCACAUCCCACUCCGUUUGCGGGCCACGCCUACCUGACCAACUCUGGGAGAACCUGGCAUUCCCGCCAUGACUGUGAGCAUAUCCGAGGGCGUCGCACUACUCAGUACCGCGUGUGCGAGGACUGUCGCCGCAGCAACCACG